AUGUCAGCCGGUCUGUCAUCCGGACAACAAGGCGUCAAUAUACCUGGCACGAAUGUUGUGAUGGUCAACGAACAUGGUCAGGUCCUGAGUAGGGAGCAGAUGUUGGCACUGCAGGCUCAACAGCUUCAACACGCCCAGCAGCAGAACAUCGCCCUCGGUGGUCAUCGUUCUCGUCCAAGCUCUCCUGGGUUAGCGAUGCAGCAAGCUGGAUUCGGCCACAUGCCAUUCACGUCUCCGCAGAACAACGGCUUUUUGAGCGCUUACGAUGGCCAGCCCUCUCUGCUAAACAACGCCAUUCCCUCGUUGAAUGUCGGGCAAUUCGGGGUUGGCGGUCAUGAGGGAUACCUUUCGGAUCAUUCUGAUAUGGUCCGAGGACGUUCCCCUCGAGGACGUCGAGGAAGCUCGAAACCACCCGAGGACCCCACCGACCCUACAUUGUUGCAAGAUAUCCCAAGCUGGCUCAGAAGUCUACGGCUCCACAAGUACACUGAUAACCUCAAGGACAUGAAGUGGACUGAUUUGAUUGAGUUGGAUGACAAGGCUUUGGAAGAUCGAGGCGUGAACGCCCUGGGAGCGCGAAGAAAGAUGCUCAAAGUCUUCGAACAAGUCAAGGGCAAGUUAUUGCAUGAUGCGCCUUCUUCGUGA